AUGGCAGUGACAACGUCUCCAACAACUUUUUAUGGAUCUCCAAUCCAUGAUGGAUUUGCAACUAUUCGUGCACCCAGGAGUCGAAUAAAGAUAAGAAAUCUAGUUGAACCAAAUACCACAUCUAACCUACCUCAAAGGCAUUCCGAAUAUUUUACAUUAAAUAGAUCAGCCAAAAACAAUUUCUUAGAGAGCAGUUGUGGAGUGCAAUAUGCAACUAAUGGGUCACAAAGUAUAUAUGUAAAUAAACCUUCAAGAAUAAGUUUUACUGAAUCUAUUUAUGCCAAAGUAUCUCCACCGCCGUCAAAUAGGACGUCUCCAGCAAAAUUCCUAAAUAGUAGACAAGAAAGUCAUUAUGAUUCUAUAGAUACUAAGCCUCGUAGAAGAUUAAAAAGCCUAGAAUUACCGAAAGAGACAGAUCAAGAGAACGAAGAAAAAGUUAUGAUUCCUAGUUUCUUGAAUAACGGCGAAGUGAGUCCGUAUGAAAUGUAUAUAGCUAACCAGGAUACCGCAGAACAACAUUCCGUCCGCACGAACACUACUGGAUCAUCCGUUGACUAUAGAAAGAGAAAUAGCGACCGGGAUAACUGCUCGGAGUCAUCCUCAUACGUAACUGAUAACGACAGACCGAUAUCAAGUUACAGUGAUAAUUCUACGAUACCAUCCACCGACACGGAAGACGUAUUAAAGGAAUUACCAAGCAAAUCAAGAUUUCAUAAAUCACCUCAAAAGUAUGCAACGUUAAAUUUAAGGCGGCCAAAGUUUAUAGAUCUUAAGCUGCCGGGUGUAAACGAUAACCCGUUCUGCGGCAGCUUACAUCGAAAUAAAUUGGGAUAUCACUCAGAACCAAGCACUCCUUUAUCUGGAGACAAUAAUGAUUUCAGCGACACUAAAAAUAUUCAAAGUGGAGUUGAACAAAUACCUAAAAUGCCGUUACAGUAUAAUAGAAAUGGCUUUAAAAGAUCUGUUAGCGAAUCAAAUGGUUUCUCGAAACGAUUAAAUUAUCGUCAUUCCUUCAGUGCAGAUUACAAACCACAGACUGUCGUUAGACGACCUCAUAAAUGCUGUGAAUGUGUAACCGGAAUACCAGCAGAAGACGAUAGCGAUACUUCGCAAACUUCAAGAACUUUAGGGACAUUAUAUGAAUCUCAAGACCCAAAGGUUGGAUGUCAAACAAUCCUUAGAUCGAAACCGCCUGUGCCUUGGUGGGAAUUGGCGAUAAAAAAAUCUCGCUACAAGAGCUGUCCUAUUUUAGAAGAGGCUCAUGUCGUGUCCGCCUUUGAACAAAGUUUAUCGAAUAUGACCCAGAGACUGCAUCAGCUGACGGCAACUGCAGAACGCAAGGAUUCUGAGCUAACUGAGCUUCGGCAAACAAUUGAACUGCUUCGGAAGCAAUCAAUCCAAGCGGGUUUGACGACGGCGCAUAUGCAGUCCAUGGGCAUCCGAGCCGAUGGUGUCAAUAUGACCGGCCAGGAACCACCUCAAAAUCAAACUCAACAAUCAUCACCACAGAGAUUGGCUCAAGGAAAUGGUGCUAUUACCCGCCACCUCUCUACAGAUAGUGUCUCCAGUAUUAAUAGUUUGAGCAGCGGCUCAUCAGUUCCUCACGACAAGAAACAUAAGAAGAAAGGAUGGUUACGGUCGUCGUUUACGAAAGCAUUUUCGAGAAAUGCCAAGAUAUCGAAAACAGCAAAGCAUUCGUCCCUCGGGCAGCUGUCGUCACAGGACAGCUCAUCGGGAUCACACCAUUAUGAUGAUCCGCACACGAUCCGAGAAGGAAGCAACGAAAAUAGUCUCGAACAUUCUCACGAAGUUCUUGACAAUAGCAAAGAUAAAACAACAUGCCCUCCAGCCGUCGAAGAACAGACCAAAGAAAAAGCUGACCAAGCCGGUUUAGUGGAUGAACUAAAACGGCAAUUAAGAGAAAAAGACUUGGUGUUAACAGAUAUAAGACUGGAAGCACUCAGCUCAGCGCAUCAACUAGAAAGUCUCAAGGACACAGUAAUCAAAAUGAGGAACGAAAUGCUGAAUCUGAAACAAAACAAUGAGCGGUUACAAAGGUUAGUGACAUCUCGGUCGCUGGCCGGCAGUCAGAGCUCGUUAGGUACAGGCGGCUCCGCGGUUGAGGACCCCAGACGGUUCAGUCUGGCUGACCAGGCCACCAUGCAUCAGGCGGCUAUGGACAUUCAUUCGCAACCUUUAGAUUUAGAUUUCAACUGUAUGACGUCUACACCUUCUCGUGAUCUAUCUAAAAAAGGAUCACCCAAAUCUAGUAUGAUGGAACCAAUUUACGGUAAUAAAGCUGUUUGCGAACUAAACGAAAACAGUGAAGCCUUACUUGGAGCGCUUAAUGGUGCUAGUGAUAUGUUUAGUAAUGGUUUAAGCGGCGGAGAAAGGAUAAGCGGAGAUUAUGAUAUCAAUACCGUCUUACCACCACCUAAGAGCCGAGAGCUGGCGAUAGGGGAAAGUUACUCAGAUAUCGGUGUCGCUGAUAGUCAAGGCGAUACAACGGACGGAAAGAAAAUUGCGAUAGCUGUUUAUUUGGGCCAACCAGAAACAUUCCAAAGAUAUUUCGAGGAAGUGCAAGACACGCUAACUGAAUCCGAAUGUAGAUUUUACGCGAAACAGAGCGCCAACGCUUUUAAUAACCAUUUCGAUAAACAGCCCAGCUUCGAUUCACCGAGGAUGUCACAGAAUCACAGUCCCGAAAUAGAAACGCUGGAUUACCAACAAACUAUAAACAAAUCAAACACCAAUAGCCUUAAAAGCAAUAAAUCUACGCACAGUAAUUCCUAUAAGACCGUAUAUAAUAGUGAUUCGACAAUAAAUUGCAAUGAGUUUACUAUUGCGUUUACAUAUAUAUCUGGCAAAACGACUUGGCAGAAUUUAGAUUAUAUAGUUAGGAAAACAUUUAAAGACUACCUGUCGAGGAUAGAUCCUGGCACAAAUCUUGGUCUCAACACUGAUUCGAUAACGUCCUACCAUUUGGGAGAAGCGACGAGAGGUCCGGAGAUAUGUUUCCCUGAACUACUGCCUUGUGGCUAUAUCAUUGGAACUGUAAAUACUCUAUACAUUUGUCUGCAAGGAGUAGGGAGCUUAGCUUUUGAUAGCCUUAUACCAAAAAAUAUAGUUUAUAGAUACGUUUCGCUUUUGUCGGAACACCGGAGGGUAAUUCUUUGUGGGCCGAGCGGUACUGGAAAAUCAUACUUGGCAGCUAAAUUGGCGGAAUUUUAUGUACAAAGGACGCAGCGAAGAGGAAAUCCAGUAGAAGCCGUAGCUACAUUCAACGUGGAUCGGAAGUCGUGCAAUGAAUUGCGCGCGUACCUUGGGAACAUCGCGGAGCAGUGUAGCGGAGCUGCGGCCGGGGAAGAGGCGCUUCCUGCCGUUGUGGUGCUCGAUAAUCUGCAACACGCCUCGGCUCUUGGGGACGCAUUUGCUGGUCUUUUGCCUCCAGACAACAGAAACAUGCCAGUCAUUAUAGGUACCAUGUCACAAGCAACAUGCAAUACGACAAAUCUUCAGCUACAUCAUAACUUCAGAUGGCUUCUUACCGCCAACCACAUGGAACCAGUCAAAGGAUUCCUAGCAAGAUAUCUUCGUCGGAAACUAUUUUCCCUGGAACUAAGACUGGGUCGCCGCGAGCCAGCACUUGCGGCGGUUCUCGAAUGGCUGCCCGGAGUGUGGUCAACUCUUAACGCCUUUCUGGAAGCGCAUUCCUCGAGUGAUGUUACCGUCGGACCUCGGCUGUUCCUUGCUUGUCCCAUGGACUUAGAAGCUAGCCAGGCUUGGUUUGCGGAUGUAUGGAACUACAGUAUAGUUCCGUACGCAUCGGAGGCUGUACGCGAGGGGGUUGCUCUGUACGGAAGAAGACGACACGCAGCUGUGGACCCUCUACAACACGUCAAGACAACUUACCCAUGGAGAGAACCAAACCAUUCACAUACGUUACGACCGAUAUCAGUGGAAGACGCAGGCAUUGAAGAAUCUAAUCAAGAUGUAACUACUACCAACAAUCAAGAUCCUCUGUUGAAUAUGCUAAUGCGGCUACAGGAAGCAGCUAAUUACAGCGGUAACCAAAGUCAGGAUUCCGACAACGCUAGCAUGGACUCGAAUCUAACACAUGACAGCUCCAUGGGCAACGAGCUUUAA